AGCAGCAGCAGCAGAAGAAGAAGAGGAGUCUGGCGUAUUUCCGGUGAAAUCUCGGGUAGCUUCCUAAUGUUUGCAUGCUACACCGUUGUGCUGUUUUAUUGUUUUUAUAUGAAAAAAAAAUCUUGUUUUUAUUGGACGUUCGAAGUUUUUUUGCGUUUUGCCAUGAGCUCUAAAAGUGUGAAAGUAAUUAAACUUCAAAGACGAGAGGACAGUGGUUGCUGCCAUCACUGCUGUGUCCCAAUGUGUACUGCUUCUGCCAGGUUCAACUCUGUUAUGAGUUUCCACGUGUUUCCCAAAGACAAAGAACUGCAGAAGAGGUGGCUAGCUAAUAUUCGGCGAAACAACCUUACUAUCAACAAGCAAACAAGAGUCUGCAGCCGACACUUUAAGAGUACAGACUUAAUAGAGUCACCGACUUCAGCCAGGCAACUGAAAAAUGGCGCCGUCCCGGUGCUUUUUCAGUGGAACAACUUCACCCCUCCUGUCUCACAGGCCGACGGAGACCAAAAUGAUGACCCCCCAAUGGAUGUAGAACACAACGAUCAUAACUACUGCUCCACCGCUGAACCUACGGCACUCACUGAUCGUCUCUGUGCGCAGAUAGAAAGGUUACGGGGACAAAUAGAAAAAAGGGUUGUCGGCAACAAGUUCGGAUUGGAGCGAUUUUCAGCUUCCGAUGAUGACAUAAGGUUUUACACAAGGUUUGCAACUUAUGCUCACCUGAUGGCCUUUUGGAGGCAGAUCGAGCCGGCAGCAAACAAAAUUGUGUGGUUGACAAGGGCAGCGAAGACUGCUGUCCCGCACCCUGGCAGUGCAACGUCUAUGCAACCCAUCGAUGAGUUUUUUCUGUUCAUGACCUAUCUGUCGAUGGGUCUGAUGCAGAACGAUCUGGCCCACAGGUUUGGAAUCCACCCGUCAAGAGUGAGUUCCAUCAUAACAACAUGGGCUGACUUUCUUUACACUGUACUUGGAGCUGUGGGAAUUUGGAUGUCUGAGGAGGCAGUAAAGGCUCAGCUGCCAGAUGUUUUCAAAAACUGCUCAGAUACACAAGUGGUGUUGAACUGUAUUGAACUACGUUGCCUAACAUCAGACUCCCUCCUCCAUCAGAAUGGUGAUUUGUGUGUCUACAAAUCUUACAGCACCUUUAAAGGGUUGAUUGGAAUGGCGCCUCAUGGGGCAACGACCUUUGUGUCAGCUCUUUACACAGGUUCGAUGAGUGAUAAAGAGAUCCUGAAGCAGUCUGGCAUCUUGUCUCUUAUCAGUCCAACAACAGCCAUCAUGGUAGACAAGGGUUUCCUUUUUGAGGACUGUGUGCCCUGUAAGGUCUACACACAUGCCUUCCUGUCCAAUCCAGCACAGCUGCCUGUGCCAGAAGUCAGGGAGGCACCGUCUCUUGUAAGACUGAGAGUCCAUGUUGAGCAACUCAUUCAAAGGGUGAAGGACCACAAGAUCUUCAGUACAGUAAUCCCGAUGUCAUUCUCAGGUAGCAUCAAUCAGCUCUACACAGUUGCCUGCAUCUUGGUUAACUACCAAAAUGGGCCAUUAGUUAAGCACAACAUUUAAACGUCGUUAGUUAAUAUGGAGCUAAAUGUUACUUCACUUACUGCUGUGC